CCUGGUAAUGUGUCGAUUAUAUGAAACUCGAUCUGAUGUGUUACGAUCUUGCAGUGAAGGGUUAAUACUUGUUUUGUCAGGGCGUAAUAGGUGUAUUGUUUAUAUCAAAGAUGUCGUCCUUUCUGUCAGUCUUAGAUGUUGUGAUCAUGAAUCAUGCCAGAUUUGUAUAUUUGUGGUAUUUUUCUCUCUCUAAAUAUUUCUUUCUCUCCGGGAGAAGCAACCGUAGUCUAGAGUAUUGUAUUUGGCUUGAGCAUAUGAAGCACAUAGUUAAUGCUAAGGAGGUUAAACAAAGUCCAUGGCUUGCCAGAGUUAUAGAUCAAAAUGAGUCAAGGCUGAUAUAAGAGAUAGUAUUAGUUCCAAGACAUAGAAGGAAAGAUAUGGACCACAAUUGAUAUUCACGAGUCCACCCA